AUGGUUGUGUUUUUUUUAUGUGUUGUAUCCUCCUAUGCGACUAAUGAUGUUGAUGUGCAAGCUAUUUGCAAGAAAGCCACGGACCAUACUUUUUGUUCAACUCUUCUCAAUUCAAUGCCCGGCGGUCCAGGCAAAGAUCUUAGUUGCCUUGCAUCAUAUACCCUUGAUGUGCUUCGUACUAAUGUGUCCAAUACGAUUAAUAUAAUUGAAAAACAAAUUGCAGAGAGUGGUAAUGAUCCUAAGAAACAAAACAAGUACAAGAAUUGUUUGUCUAAUUUAGGAUUGGAUGACGGAGCUCUUGGUGAUGUUGAUGAAGCUAAACAACUCUUGAAGGAUUUGGAUUAUAAUGGUGUGAAUAUGCGUAUUAGUUCUCUCAUGUCCAAUGUUAAUGAUUGUUCUUCAGAGGAUUCACUUCCAUUCGAUGAUACUUCUUCGCUUUCAAAACAAGUUGGUGUUGUCAACCAAGUUGCUCAGAUUGUUCUUAUUAUCUCAAAUGUGCUGUUAAUUUAA